CACUCUCUGGCUUGCGCGGGACUACGAGUGGCGGAACGGCAGUGUAAGACGGGAAGAAAACAAGGUAUGAAAUAAGAGUUAGUUUUCGAUUUCAGGUAAACUUUUGGUUUAACUGAUACGUUUUGUUGCUUUGCAGUUUCACUAAACCGUUUAAUAAAAUCAACUAAGAAAGAAUUUCUAACCGCAAUCUCACCACUAUAGUAUGUUUGUGGGUAUAUGGGUCAAUGACGUGCCGCUAAUUUCAGUGUCCAUAAGAUUUAGUUCAAUCUAAAGCUGUUAAAAUUUGAAAAUGAACAUAAAUUACUUGCAUGCAUUGUUUUUCAAAAAUGUCUAGUUUUAAUAAAUUUUGAGAAAAUAUUUGGCCCUAAUUGGUGUAUGUCAAGGUUAAUAACACUCUUUAAAAUAUCAGAUAGUUUGACAUUUUAGGGUAUGGUUAGGUAUACUUACAUUUGCAUGUGAAAUGGUGUGUCCCCAGGAAAACACGGGCAAUUCAUCAUAAUUCUGAAAAUGAGUAUUUACUUACUUGUGUUUUGAAACAUUCACACCAUGGCCUUGUGGUUACAUAGGUAUCCAUGAUAAUGCCUGUCAAAUUUGAUCUGAAUUUGUAAUUCGUGACACCAUUUAACUCCUGUUACAAGCUUUUAUGUUAGAUGUAUUAUGAACUAAUUAACUAUGUGUAACUACUUUCAGGUAUCCAGUGUUGUGUUUUUGGAAAAAGUGAUUUAUUGCCAACAGUAUUAUCAAAGCUCUGUAAAGCUAGGAUAAAAAUGAUUAUGUUGCACGACCUUGGCGUUUUAGAAAUGUUUAUUGCUAAUGCAUAUUUUUAUUACAUUCUGCUUACAGGUUUAAGCAAUAUAUGAUGUAAUAUAUGUUUGUAAUUUCAUGAUGUAGCAAAAUGAAGUGGGUGAAGAGUGACUGUUAAUCAUGAAUAGCGAUUUUAAAAGACCAAUAAAAAAGGCCCAAAAAAUCAGCGAUAGGAGAAAUGUUACUCAAAGAUUAAAAUUUACAUCUGUAAAAAAAUGUGUUAUGUUUCUGCUAUGUCAUAAUUAAUGCAAUACAAUAGAGCCUCUUUUCCCUAAUAGAUACCACUUUUAAGCAAGGAAAAAGUGGCUCGUCCAAUAGUAGAAGUGAGUGUCGAUCCUGCUGCUAGGGGCAGCUACCUUACCAAAAGUGAAAGGUAGCAGGCAGGCAGGCGGGCCCGGCAGGCGGGCGGGCCCUGGUUACACUUGGUUUUAAAAUGCAUUUUGGGCAAUUGGAUCACAAAUGAACAGCCAAGACACAUCAGCAUUUAAACCUGUGUCUGUCAUGCGUCAUAUCAGCUGACCACUUGUGUGCAGAUUUUAUUACUUCCCGCGUCACUUCUGCUACAUGGUCAAAUGGCCCUGCACACAGAUAUUACAUAAGUCUCUGUCACCAGGCAAGCGCCAGAUUUGUUUAACAUGGGCCAGCUAAGACAACAAAAAACGACCAGUUACAAUAGGAGUCAUCUAGUUUUAUUGGGUGUCUGGUUUCACUCGAACUCCAACUACGAAUAUCAGUGCUGCUCUCCAUUUGUUUGAGCUUUGGCACACUAUCAACAAAACAAACAGCACGUCCUGUAUUGAUGACAUAUUUCCUUGUCCUUGUCGAGGGUAAAUCAGGAUGCAUUAUCGUUUACACUACAAAAGAUAUGUGGUCAGAUGCAUCCCAGACCAGCUCUGCGAAGGGUUUCAGUGAUCGGAUCACAAUGCAUCUUAAUUGUUGUUUACACUUGUAUUUAGCGCUGUCCUCUUGCGAUCUGAUUGUCUGAGUAAAUACAGGGCCUCAGAAAGACACACACACACACACACACACACAAACCAAAGGAGACACACACAAGACAGACAGACACAUGGAUAGACAUGGGUUUACCUUGACCUGUUGUUGCUAGAUAUUUGUUCUUAACUGAAAUCACAACAGAAGACAUAUAUAUCUGACAGAUAACUUGCUAAUACUUAUAGCAUCUUCGGUGUUUAGUUAACCUGCCUGGAUCAUUUUUGUCAUCAGUUUUUGUAAUGAAUAUUAUAGCACGUCAGUGUAUUUAAUGGAUGCGUUUUGCUGCAAAAGAUGUUUACUUGCAUUCAUUUAGAAAGUGCCUUCAGCCAUACUGGCUGAUGGUGGUAGAGUGUUGCUGCUGCCUCCCCCACAGCAGAAGGCCAAUGUGGAGGCGAUGGUUGUGCGGGUUCGAGCAGCGGCUCCUGCAGGAGCUCCAGCGCCAGCAGGAGCAUGCUAGCCUGUUCUGUGACACCAUGCUGCAGGCUGACGGUGUUUCCAUACCUGUUCAUAGCUGUGUCCUGGCUGCUUUCAGCCCCCAGCUUGCCAGGGCGCUCUCUGCUGCCCGAGUCCUCACAUCCGGACAGGGGCGCCUGCUUCAGCUUCAGAGCGUAAGGGCCCAGACCUUGCUGAAGCUGGUGGGUCUGUUGUACUCCGGGGAGCUGCAGGGUGAGGGGGAGCUGGAGCAGGAGGAGGUGAUGGCUGUAGCCAGUUGGCUGGGUAUUGAGAACCUAGUGGAGGCAAAUGGAACAAGCAAGGAAGGUGUGGAGGUGGGAGGAGACGGAUGGGUACAGCAUAGGAAGAAGAUGUGCAGAGAGGAAGAGCCUGUAAGCAGAACCAAUGGAGAUGUGGACACCAUGAAGGAGAGAGGUUGGGGAAGAGGAUCAGGAGAUGCGAGCAGAAUGGGAGGAACAGUGGCAUUGGGCAGGGCAAUACAAGUCACAGGGAGACAUCGGGAGGUGAAAGGUGGACUGUCUGAGCACAUCCUGGAGGAUAUCACCUCUGCUGAAGCCUCCACCAUGACCCUCAAUGAAGAUGUCACUGCUGCCCCGUUAGCUCUGUCCCGGGCUGAAGCCUCCACCAUGACCCUCAGUGAAGAUGUCACUGCUGUUCCUUUGUUCAUUUCCCAGGCUGAAGUCUCCAUCACAAGGAAUGAUACAUGUAGUAGGAACAAAGAUGGGAAAGUGGACAAGAUGGAAGCCAGGGAUAUUGCAGAGCUGGAAACAAUAGAGCAGAGAGAAGGAGCAGGUGAAGUAGGAGAUGAAAAGACUAUGGUUGGGAGGCAAAGAAGAGGAGGACAUUUGGUGGGGACUAGAAACAAUCUACGAGUGAGAGAAAGACGGAUCUCUAAAAUCAGACUGCGGCGUCAGUCCAGAGCAGAGUUCUGGGAGAUUGUGAGCACGAGGGAGCAAGAUGUCACCAUCAAACCCAGGGCGCGGUGUCCAAUGGUAAAAUCAGGCCAUUGGAGUUGGCAGUCAGACCUACAAGAAAGUCAAGCUGUGGUGAACAGCGGUGCUCUCAACAUGGCACAAUGUCCCCAUUCCGGUCCAUCCCGCCUGCAGACAUCUACACUCUCUGUCCCUGAGGAUGUCAUUAUGGGACUCGAUGUGCUCUCCUCUCUCCCCGAAAAGCCUAACGGUGCACAUGUGUGCAGGUGUCAGCCUCACCAUCCACCGAACAGGAGUCCUCACAGUGCAGGUCUGCCAGAGGUCAGCAUGGGAGUCUCUUCUGCUGGUGGCACCAUUUCAGGUGUGGUGAUGGCCACAAGGCCCCAGCACAGCAUGGGAACAGCUGAUGCCCUUCACACCCCCCCUCACAUUCUCUCUCCACACAAUCUCCCUUUUGUCUGUUGCAUGCACAAUACUGACAACAUGACUGCAUCCCAGAUCUGCAGCUCUCUGGCUCGGACCUCUGAACCCACCCUUGCCCUGACUCUUGCCUGCUCACAAAUAACUGUAGACAGAGUACAGGAUGGGAAUCUCCAAUCCAUGCCAACACCUGCUCCUGCUACAGGGCUGCACUGCAGCAGCCCAAGAGGCCAAAGCAGCGAGAUUUGCAACUUCACUGGGCCAGUCAAGCAGACUAACAAACUGCUCCGCAAUGCAGUGGCUUGUGCACCCACGGGUUUGAGGCAAGACCAUACAAUGCAGAUUCCAUCCCAUUCCCUGUCUUUAAGAGCAAUUUCUGGGGACAACACUGUUCCUGAAGAGUCAACGGUCUCAGGGGUGAGUCCUUUAGAAAGUACAUUAAACCUUAAUGUAUUUAUUGCUGAAGAACACUACAAGAUGCUUCAAGACCCUAGUUCCUUGCGCUUUUCCCAUGAAACCCCAGAGCGAUCUCAGACAACAGGCCCAUCUAGUCAACUUCACAAUGCAAUUCUAUUAAUGGUAAAUGACUUUCACAGACCAAAAGAACUACAAGGCUUGACAGCUUUUGCCUCCCAUCAGGCAAAACUGCUUCCACAGAUUUUUGCAUCCCUCCAUCAGACCAGUGAUUUUAAACUUUCUGCACCAAAUGACAUGCCUAACUUGAGUAUGUCGCACAGAGAAACGAAGGACAGAUGUGGAAAAAGUGAAAAAGAUGAAAUAAAUACUGAGAUGAGAAGAGAUUCUCGUGUAAAGAGAAAGGUGGAAAAACAGAAGCAGUGUGAAGUUUUGAGACACAAAAAACAGAAAGUAGAUGAUUACAUAUUCAGGCCCAUGAGUAUUAUGGAGAAACUGACAAUCACUAAAAUUAAGAUGCCAGUGAAAUCCUCUGGAGUUGUCGGGGGUCUUUCUGCAGUCAGAAGACUUCCCAAGCAGAGUCCCAAUAGACAUCUUGCGUAUUUGGAUUUUGGAAACAGAGACAGUAAGUCAAGGGAUUGCUAUAAGGCCACCGGGGACUCAAGAAGAUUAUACCAAACAACAGGUGACAUAUGCAAGUGUAACACAGUACAAAAAGUCAACCCAUCUGAAAAGGACUGUAAAAGAGUAAAGGAAAGUUCGAUAGAGGCAACGCAAGAUUGGGCUGUGAUGGGACAUUUGAGGAAGGGCAGGUCAAAUGUCUGCCUCCUUCCAUCACAGAAACUCACUCCUAUGCAAGGCUCACAGGUGACAUGUUCCAGCAAAAGUGGAAGAUCUGAUUGUCCGGGAUCAAGAACCCAAAGGGAAUCGGCAGUAAUUUUAGCAGAAGACCAGAACUUGGGUCUGCACACUGAACUGGAGGAGGGGUGUGAUACUCUGAGCAGGAAGGGAGGAUUGGGGGAGAGUAACAUGGUUAUAGGAGAAGAGCUGGGAGAUAUAAGGUCAGGAGAUAAUACAGUCAAAGUUGGACAUGAUGACAAAGCCUUAUGGGAAGGAGAAAGAAAAACUGAACUUAAGAAUACAAAUGGAAUUCAGCCUAGGAGAGUAUUAAAGGAAGUUGGUACAUGUUUGACAAAGACAGAGACAUUGAAGAUAGGUGAGAGAGAAUGCCUUGAUAAAAAUAAAGGAUUGAUGAAAGCUUGUCGCAAUAAUAUUUUUCAAUCUGUAGGAACAGGCAAUGGCCUUGACACCAAAGAUGUAGCAGGAGAGGUAGAUGCUAUGGAAGCUGGGAUGACUGACAACAGACUAACUAGAAUUUCUGAAAUAAAAAGAACUGAAAUGGAAGGAAUCAGUCAAAUUAUAAAAAUAAAGGAAAAGGAAGUAAGAUGUGAGGGGAUAAUAGAAAAGGCUGAAGCAGGAGAAAAGGGAAGUGUGAAGUAUAGACUAGAAACUACAGAAGAGGGAGAAGAGAAGCCAUUCAGGAUUUAUCAGGAAUCCAGUGUGGAGGUGAUUGAGAGUGGAUCUGAAAAAAGCUCAGAAAAAGGGAUGGACGCAAGAAAGCAAAAAGAGGAAGCACAAGAGGAGGUUGAUAUAGAAGUGAUUGAAAUGAGAGAUGGGGAGACCGGCUCUGAUUCAGGAGGAGUGGAUGCUUAUCCAAGGGAAGAUCAGAGUCUGUGCACAUUCACAAACCCGAUAGGGCUUGAAGAUGAGGAAAUCGACAUCAUAGAUUUUUCCAGUCCCCCUGCCAUUUUGCUGAACCAGCUACCGGGAACCCUGCAGGUGGACCUCAGUCCCAGUGAGUCAUCGGAGGAGGACCAGGAGAUAGAUGUGAUCACCUAAACUGUACACCGAGUACCAAUGCAUGACCAGUGCCUGCCAUAAGAAGUGUGUGCCGCCCCACCACAAGGAGGCUGAUUUGUCCAAGGGUGAAGCCGUGUGUCUGGAUCGCUACGUGGCCAAGUACUUGGUGCUGCACGAGCGGCUGGGCCGCAAGCUGACAG